AUGACAUAUACAAACCCCGGUGAAGUCAUCGGCGACUACAGCUGGAUCUCCGACAACGAGGGUCCAUACGAUGCGUUCGGCAGCACGUCGGACGGCACGAGCUUCUUUGCGUCAAAUGCCGGCGGGUACGCGAUCAGCGAGACGGGCAUUGCAUCCUGUGCUGCCUUCCAGGACGCGGACGGCACGCUCGACAACGGGCUCCUCACUUACGGCUGGAACGGCCAGGAGUACCAGUGGACCGAGCCCGGAGAGGAGGAGGCUGCGUACAACGACUGCACCUCCCAGCUCGGUCUUUGAGAGCCGGUUGGUGGUAGAAACUCGAUUUUAAGAACACC